GAUGUCUCCGUUGUUCCUCCCUCCAGGUGUUGGGUUUCCCAUCCUUCGUCGGAGCCCCAUCCGGAACCCAGCCCGAAAAAGAUGGGGACUCAUCAGAAUCCCCUUCCUCCCUCGUUGCAAUCUCCAUCUGGAGAAAACAACAUCUCGAACAAAAACAAAGCAAACGACAGGAUCCAAAAGAAGAACACCAAAUCUAAAGUACCUGGAUAUAUCGAUCCGCAUUCUCCUCCUCCCCAUUUGCCGGGCUCUCAGAAAUGAUACACCGAGCAUUGGUGUUGGUGAAAGUAAGACGUUAAAAAAUUGCACCGUUAAGCCGGAAGCGGAGGAAGAAAAGAAGGGAGAGUAGAAUGUUCAAAGACAUCCAACGCAUCAAGGCGUGGGAGUCCACCGUCCGGAGGACGCACCAGAAGCAUCAGCCGUCGGCGCGGCGGCGCAGCCUCGUCCUCCCCCCCGUGUCGGCCUCCCCCACCGCCGCCGACGUCGACGACGCCGAUGAUCUCGAUGACCCCACCCUCCACCACGCCGAGCGCCUCCUCCCCAACGGGGACUUCUACACCGGCCAGUGGCACAACAACCUCCCCCACGGCACCGGCAAGUACCUAUGGACGGACGGCUGCAUGUACGAAGGCGAAUGGCGCCACGGCAAGACCAUGGGGAAAGGCAAGUUCAGCUGGCCCUCCGGCGCCACCUACGAAGGCGAGUUCAAGUCCGGCUUCAUGGAUGGCUUCGGCACCUACACCGGCUCCCUUGGGGACACCUACCGCGGCUCCUGGUCCAUGAAUCUCAAGCACGGCCAGGGCAAGAAGUCCUACGCCAACGGCGACUACUACGACGGCGAGUGGCGCUCCGGCCUCCAGGACGGCCACGGUCGCUAUACUUGGAAGAAUGGCAACGAGUACGUCGGCGAGUGGCGCGCCGGCGUCAUCCACGGCCGCGGCACCCUCGUCUGGGUCAACGGCAACCGCUACGACGGCGGGUGGGAGGACGGCUUCCCGAAAGGCAACGGAAGCUUCCGCUGGGCCGACGGCAGCCUCUACGUUGGGUACUGGAGUGAGGAGAACGACGGCAUCCAGCAGAAGGGCGUUUACUACCCGUCGCCCGCCGCCACUUCGCCGACGGCUCGGGAUCCUCAUGCUGCGUUUGCGGCCGACCUCGGCGAUUGCAAGGUUUGCCCGGGCGAGACGGUGUCGAUUCUCCCGUCGCAGAAGACGCCGAACUGGUUGGGAAUGGAGGAGAAUUUCCUACAGAAGCAGGCCGUAUGGAGGCAGUCCAAGUCGAACGACGGCCGGCCGAGAAGGCGGGCGUCGGCCGACACGGCCGGGACCGGUGAGACGCCCAAGAGGACUAAUGGGCACAACAAUAGCAUCAUCGGCGCUGCCGGCAGUUGGGAGGCGGAUGGGGAUUAUAAUUGUGAUGCAGAGGAAGGUAGUGUGGCCAGGGGGAGAGGGGCGUCCAGCGACGGGGCUAAUGACUUCAUGGGAGGGCUUAGCCUGGAGGAAACGGAGUCGACGGGAACGGGGAGGUGGUUGCCAAUAAAGUGGCCGCCACCGGAGGUGAAGAAGCAGGGGGAGACUAUCUCCAAGGGGCACAAGAAUUAUGACCUCAUGCUCAAUCUCCAGCUUGGGAUCAGACAUGCAGUAGGAAGGCCAGCUCAACCUACAUCACUUGAUCUGAAAGCAUCAGCCUUUGACCCAAAGGAAAAGGUAUGGACAAGAUUUCCUCCUGAAGGAACAAAACAGACUCCUCCGCACCAGUCUUGUGAUUUUAAGUGGAAGGAUUACUGCCCAUUGGUUUUCAGGACGCUGCGCAAACUUUUUAAGGUUGAUCCGGGUGAUUAUAUGAUCUCUAUCUGCGGAAAUGAUGCCCUUCGGGAACUAUCAUCUCCUGGGAAAAGUGGAAGCUUCUUUUACCUAACCAAUGAUGAUAAGUACAUGAUAAAGACCAUGAAGAAAUCUGAAGUAAAAGUGCUUCUGAGGAUGCUCCCAGCCUACUAUAAUCAUGUCCGGGCUUUUGAAAGUACUUUAGUUACCAAGUUUUUUGGCUUGCACUGUGUCAAAUUAACUGGGGCUACCCAAAGGAAGGUACGCUUUGUAAUUAUGGGAAAUCUCUUCUGCACUGAGUAUGCAAUUCAUAGGCGCUUCGAUCUCAAAGGGUCUUCCCAUGGCCGUACAACUGAUAAGCCUGAGGAAGAAAUUGAUGCAAACACUACUUUGAAAGACCUUGACCUUAAUUUUAUAUUCCGACUGCAAAAAUCUUGGUUUCAGGAUUUCCACAGGCAAGUAGAUAGAGACCUCGAGCUUCUCGAGCAGGAAAGGAUUAUGGAUUAUAGUCUUUUGGUGGGUGUUCAUUUUAGAGAAGUAUCCCAAGACAUGCUCCCUACUGAAGGUAGUGGUGAUAAUGACAACACAAGUGAAGCAACUCCCCGCCUUUCAAGAGCAGACAUGGAUCAGUUUCUUUGUGAUCCAACCAGGUGGGCUACAAUCAAACUUGGUGUAAACAUGCCUGCUAGGGUUGAACGGAUAGUGAGGACUGAUGUUGAAUCCCUGCUGAUCGGGGAACCCACAGGGGAAUUUUAUGAUGUGAUAUUGUUCUUUGGCAUCAUUGACAUUCUCCAAGACUAUGACAUCAGCAAAAAGCUUGAACAUGCCUACAAGUCCAUCCAGUAUGACCCAACAUCAAUAUCAGCUGUUGACCCAAAGCAAUACGCAAAGCGCUUUCGUGACUUCAUAUUCAGAGUAUUCACAGACGACACCUAACUAUACUUUUAGCCGAAAGGGCCACUGUCAGUUUUAGGAGAUUCAGAAGGUCGUGGCAAAAGGAUGGUCAGCCUGCAACUGUCUGCUCAGCUUCCUAGUAUGUGUAUAGUUUUUUUUUACCACUUUCGGAGAGUUGAUGCUUCAACCAUCAUCACAGCCAAUGGAGGAUCGUUCGGUCUUCAGGAAGUGGAUGUCUUGUAAGUCAGCAUGGUUCACUCACUAAUUGCAUAUGUUGAUAGGUAUUCACAAUUUUAAUGUUUAUUGGCUCUAGUUAUUUUUUAUUUAUAUCUUCUAUGAUACAAAUGAAAGUUUUACAAGGAAAUAGCAUGGAGUUGUAAAUGCUAGUACCGGAUUUUCAGUUGUGUAUUGGAUGUCAUUCUUUUGUAACUACAUUUUUUCCCUCAGAAGCUAAUGAAGAAUUUCUGGGGUUUUGGCAAUAAUGUCAAUAAAUGGUACAGGAGAAAUGAAUUAUAACAUUGUCUUUGUUCAA